AUUAAUUGAUAAUUAACAGAAAGACAACAUCAAGGUGUCUCUGUAAUGGAUCCCCAAAUAGCCAAUAAGCUUGGAACCUCUCUACUACUGGUGCCUUCUGUUCAUGAGCUAGCCAAGCAACCCAUGACCAUAGUUCCAGAACGAUACAUUCAUCCAAACCAAGACCCUCCUUCUGUUGAGUUUGCUACUUCACACCAAGUUCCAGUUAUCGAUCUUAAUAAAUUGUUGUCUGAAGAUGAAAAUGAGUUAGAGAAGUUUGACCUUGCAUGCAAAGAGUGGGGCUUCUUUCAGCUGAUAAAUCAUGGAAUCAACCCUUCAACACUGGAAAAAGUGAAGAUAAGUGUUGAAGAGUUCUUCAGUCUUCCAAUGAAAGAGAAGAAAAAGUUUUGGCAAAAUCAAGGAGAUUUGGAAGGAUAUGGUCAGAAUUUUGUUGUAUCUGAAGAACAAAAGCUUGAAUGGGCAGAUCUAUUUUAUAUUUUCACUCUUCCAUCGUACGUGCGGAAUCCCCACUUAUUUCCUUGUAUUCCCCAACCAUUCAGAGAGGCUGUAGAGAGCUAUUCUUUGGAGCUGGAAAAGCUUUGCAUGACAAUCAUCAAACUUAUGGCAAAAACACUUAAGAUCAAACCUAACGAAUUGUUAGAGUUGUUUGAAGAUGUAAGUCAGGCUAUGAGGAUGAAUUGCUAUCCUCCUUGUCCCCAACCAGAACAUGUCAUUGGCCUUAAUCCUCAUUCUGAUGCUGGUGCUCUUACCAUCCUACUACAAGUCAAUGACACAGAAGGUCUUGAAAUUAGGAAAGAUGGAAUGUGGGUUCCCAUUAAACCCUUUUCUAAUGCUUUUGUCAUCAACAUUGGAGAUAUCUUGGAGAUAUUGACUAAUGGCAUUUACCGAAGCAUAGAACAUAGAGCAACGAUCAACUCGGAGAAGCAGAGGAUUUCCAUUGCCACAUUUCAUGGGCCUCAAAUGAACAAAAUUAUAGGUCCAACACCAAGUCUUGUUACUCCUGACAGACCUGCAUUGUUCAAAAGGAUUGGCGUGGCAGAUUACUACAAAGGAUACUUCUCACGUGAGCUAAAUGGGAAAUCAUAUCUUGAUGUUGUUAGGAUCCAAAAUGCAUAGAACUAAUUUGCUUGGGAUUGUAAUUCAGGCUCACAACAAAUCAUUGUCACUUUAUAUAUGAACAUGAAUAAUUAGUAAUAAUAAGGGUUAAUAGUUAUUUUUAUUUA